AUGGAUCAAGAGAGGCCAGAAAGUACUGUAAAUCAUGGAAAACGAACUCGACCUUUGUUACUUCAGCCAAGUCCGAAGAUCGCUAGAAUAUCAGCUUACGGAAAUUCAUCAAGCUCUGUGCUUAAAAAUUCUAAAAAGUUGGGUCCACACUCUCAUAGAAAGUCUAAAAUAUUGUAUAACAAGAGUGAUGUUCCACCUCCAGGAGCUCUAGUUCCAGAAAAACAUGUUCGAAAAGCUGGACCUUAUUUAUUAGGUCCUAAACUUGGACCCAGUCCAGUUAAGAGUAUAGUGCAAUGUUUAGCACGAAAAGAAAAAACAGAUGAGUUUUAUCAAAUAAAAAUUUUGACUUUACGGAAUGAGGGUCAGCCUGAGACACAAGAUGACCGACAGGGAAAAAUGUUAUUGCAUACAGAGUAUUCUCUUUUAUCACUUCUAAAGGAUCAAGAUGGUGUAAUUCAUCAUCAUGGGCUUUUUAAGGACCAUGCUCUUGAAGAAAUUCCUAAUCCCAAUGGUCCAGGUUUUGUGUACACAGGUCGUGUACGGCAAAGAUUAUUCCUUGUCUUAGACUGUGUUACUGCACACCAGUUUAGCGAGAAGGGUAGUGAGCUGAUUAACCUUCAACAGUAUGUUACAAAAGUAAAAAAAGUACCAGAGAAGGAAGCCGUGCUUAUAUUCUAUGAUAUUGUUAGGGUUGUUGCAAAUUUACAUAAGAGGAAUAUAGUACACAGAGACUUGAAGCUAGGCAAUAUAGUAUUAAACCAAAGAACAGGCCGAAUAACCAUUACCAAUUUCUGCUUGGGCACUCACUUGGGCAGCGACAGGGAUUUAUUGAAGGAUCAGAGAGGGUCACCAGCCUAUAUAUCACCGGAUGUGCUGAUGUGCAAGCCUUAUUUAGGAAAACCUUCAGAUAUGUGGGCACUUGGAGUAGUCUUAUAUACAAUGCUAUAUGGACAGUUCCCAUUCUGCGACACUAGUCUUGCACAACUGUUCAGUAGGAUACAGGCCGCCAAUUAUAAUAUACCGCCGGACGGUAAUUCGGUCCAAGUUUCUGAUAAUACAGUGUUCCUGAUACAGAGGUUGCUGGUCAAGGACCCAAAGCACAGAUUAUUGGCAGAUGAUGUUUUAGAUCAGCUGUCCAGUAUUAUAGCGAGCUACGUAAUAGUUCCCAACCCACCGGAAGAUCUCCAAGUGGUGCCAGAUGUUCCACUGGAGGAGGAGAAAGAUGAGAAACCAACAAACGCACAGUCAAAUGAAGUCGAUAGAAAACCAUUUAUCACUAUUCCAGACAGUGGUGGAGAAAGGACGCCUAAUACCAAUGAGGAAUUGGGAGUGUUUUGCGUCCCUUUACCGGAUUUCUUUGCCCUGAAUUUCCCAUCAUCAAAUCGAGUGCAACAAAAUGGAAUCAUAAUACAGCCCUCACACGCCACCAUCGAUUCAUCAUCGAUCUCAUCACCCAACAACAAUCAACGCCAAAUCACAGUUCAAAGAAUAGGAAGAGACGCGAGGCCCCUGCUACCUUGCGAGAUAGCGAGGUAUCAACACAUGUUUGCUUCCAACCAGCGUGCAGAAAGUUCUAGAAGAACAGAAGUUCAAAACUUUGUCCCGGAACGCCCAGAGAGUUCAAGGCUGAGAACACUUGCCCAAAGGAUACCUAGACUGAAUGCGAUCGCUUCACAAAGUUCGUCCUCGGAUUUUAGAGUAAUACCCUGGUCUGAAAGAUCACGACUACAAAUCGAUCGGUCUUGGGACCAAGACUACAUUCUUAGAUUACCGGUUUUAGAUAUUACUAGAAUGCCCAACAGAAUUAUGAACCCCCCUCCUGUGCAUACGAUAAACCCUGAAGCGGUAGUUAAUAACCCUAGACCGCCUGUGGACAAUUCAGAACUUGAUUAUAAUUAG